AUGGCCGAGCCUGCGCAUCCUGAUAUCCAGAGCAUCUUGGCCGCGCUUGCUUCCCAAAGGCCUCCGUCGUCAGCCUCGACCCAGACGCCGCCCGCAUCUGCUGGCGCAUACCCAGCACCGCCUGGCAGCGCUCAGCCAGCGUCGUAUCAACCCCCGCCCCCAGGCGUCGCGGGUUUUGCUCCUCCCGGCUCUGCCCUGCCCGCUCCCGCCUCCAGCGGCAAUGUCGACCUGAGCGCUCUUCGACCCGUCAACUCGGGCACGAUGAACUUUGACGACGUUAUUUCCAAGGCGAGAGCGUAUGCGACCGAGAAGGGCAUUACGCCUUAUGACCGCCCGCUCGUCUAUGGCUCAGAACCCAGAACCUCUGACAGGUCCUUCCGCCGAUCCAGAUCACGAUCUCCUCCUCGCGGCGGCGGCGACUAUCAUAAUGGCAGCUCAUACCGAGACGAUCGUCGUGGGGCUCCUCAGGGUCGAGAAUAUCGCGAGCGCUCCUACUCUCCCCCAUCACGUGGACGCACCUUUUCCCCUCGUGGCGGCGCCGGUGCCGGCCGAGAAAGAUCUCCUCUGAGAGGUGGUGAUGACAACUCCGAGACGAUUCAGAUAGAGUCCAGUCUGGUUGGCCUUAUCAUCGGCCGCCAAGGAGAGAAUUUGCGACGGAUCGAAGCUGACACCAAUUGCCGUGUCCAAUUCUUGGCGGCUACCGAUGGUGGUCCCUUCCGACAGUGCAAGAUCACUGGUCCACGUGCUCGUCGUGCCGAAGUCAAGACAGCCAUCAAUCGCAUCAUCGAAGAUAGUGGAAUGGGAGCCCUUAACCGCGCCCAGGAAAAGCCUCGUGAUCCUGCUCGAGGCGGAGCAGCGGCUUUGAGGGAUGGCGAGGACCAUAUGCAAAUCAUGGUUCCGGAUCGCACAGUCGGCCUCAUCAUCGGACGGGGAGGCGAGACUAUCAGGGAUCUACAGGAGCGAUCUGGCUGCCACAUCAACAUUGUUGGGGAAUCUAAGAGCGUCAACGGUCUGCGUCCCGUCAAUCUCAUUGGUAGUCGUGAGGCGGCCGCUCGGGCCAAAGAUUUCAUCAUGGAAAUUGUGGACAGCGACAGCCGGGGCGAUGGUCCGGCCUCUGGCACCAAGAAGCCCCCCAGCGCUGCCCGCAACGAGGGACCGCCGAGGGAAUUUUCCGGCGGUUCUGACAAAAUCAAUGAUGCCAUUUACGUCCCGUCAGAUGCAGUAGGUAUGAUCAUCGGCAAAGGGGGCCCUGGCGAAGUCCAGCGGGAGAUUGCGCUCAUUGGUACCCGAGAUAGUAUCGCUCGUGCUAAGCAAGCUAUUGACGAGAAAGUAGAAGCAGUGCGACAGAAGAGCAGCGGUAGCGGUGGCCCCCCCGGCGGCCGAGGUCGCGGACCGCAGGAUGAUCGACCGAGCUACUCCCAGCAGGGUCCCGACUCGUCUACUAACCAACCUCCCCAGUCUUCUUCAGCCGAUGGCUCAGAUCCGUAUGCCCAAUAUGGUGGCUAUCAAAACUAUGUCGCUCUCUGGUAUCAAUCCUUGAUGUACCAGCAGCAGCAACAGGGGGGACAAGCGACACCUCCCUCCGGAGGCCCUCCUGCCGGUGCCCCUCCCCCCGGAGCCCAGUAA